GUACAUAGUGAGGAUCGCAAAAAACUGUCCGAACUUGAAGACGCUUCAUGUUGUAGCCAUGAACAGCGCUUUCUCUGAGAGCGCCAUGGCUGCCUUAGUCAAUGGAUGUACCGCGCUGACUGAUCUGUCUCUUUCUGCAGUUUAUCCCGCCACGGUGGAGGAGUCUGGGGAGUCUGCUCUGCGUGUCCUGUCUGGUUGCCAUCAAUUGCAGAGCCUGCGUCUCUCCGGAUUCUCUCCUUCCGCCGCCGAUGAUGCUCUACAAGAUGGGUGUUGCCCUCUUUUAUCGUCUUUGACGCUGCACCGAAACGAGUUGCUGAGAGAGGACAAGUAUGCAAGGUCACUUAGCGUAUCGACUUUCUCUUUCCAGUGUGCGAGACGAAGGAACCUGACGUCGCUGUCCGUAAGAUGUAGCCUAUACUUCGGAGACGAUCAGCUGGAGGCUGCCGUGACAGAGUGUGUGGGCUUAAGGAAGCUCGAUGUGAGCAACACACGCGUCUCCGACAGGGGGAUAAUUGCAGCAGUGCGGGCCUGCUCUGACCUUCGCUCUCUGACAGCCUCUCGUUGCCGAUACGUCACUGAUGCGUCAGUACGUGCUGUGGCCUUCGAAGGGGGGCGGCAGUUGCACGAGCUGCGUUUCGACGAGACCGGGGUCACGCAUCACGCCUUGUCUUUUCUUGCCAGGGGCCCUAAGUGCAGAUUAGGGCUUGUCACGCUUCUGCUCUAUGGGUCUUAUGUCAGCGGAGAACCAUCCACCUACCCUCGCUUGGAAUCCUUGACAAGUUUGGAUCUCCUUCUUGAUCGAUAUGCACAUCUUCAGGAGGUGGGUUUGCGCAUCUUUGAUGCCUUCGUGGAGACGGAACAAGUGGAGGGCAUGGAACGGAUGUGGGGACAGGCAGUCUUGCUAAGAAACGCCCGGAGUCUGAAACCCGCACGGGAGCUUUGCAGCGCUUUGAAGAGUGCCACAACGAAGAAUAAGGGAUACUAUCGGGAUCUGGAAGAGCCUCGGCUUCCCGACUGGCAGUGUUGUGGGCCUUUUUUGCGUACCCUCUCUCGAGUCGGGCCGUCCUUACGCCGGCUUCAUCUCUUUGCAGACCCCAGAGCACUCUUCGGCGAUUUCGAGGAAGAAUUUCUUGCUUUCCUCGGUGCGUGCCCCUGUCUGCUAUCCCUCCGAUUGACUGGAAUCACUCAGGUCAGCGAUGCCAUCCUGUACAAGCUGGGCGAUGUGUGUCCUUUGCUUGAGCAGCUUGCCAUCGCUGGUUCUCAUAUACCUUUCUCCCAGGGUGUCGAGCACCUCCAUGUCACAAGCUGCAGACUCAGAUAUUUCGAGUACUGGCCCGACUAUUACAGGGAUGUUCUGUUGGGCGAAGCUGACAAACGUAUAACGUACAAAAGGACGCAAUGGUGGUAGUGCCCAAAUAGCAGAGAUACCCUGGACUGGAUUACUCAUUUUUCGCCCUGGAUUACGAAGAUCAACGGUCAGAAAUAAACAAUAAUAAGGGGCUAGUGGGAGCUGGCCGAUAGGGCCUGAAAAGAAAGAAUGCAUCUUGAAGGGGGGCCGCGCGAAAGAGUGCGUUAACGGUGUGGCGAUAGUGGCUGUGGCGGUGCCCAGUCGUUGGUUCGCGGCCGAGCGGAGCCCAGCGUCUAACCCUAGAAGUUUAUCGCUUUAGGAGGUGCUUACCCUGCCAGGCACCAUAG